AUGCCACUCCUCUCCAAAGAAAAAAGGAAAGCCAAAAAUCAGGCUAGAGAUAUUAAAGGACACGAUACUGAAGAUGAACUGGACGUUAGCAUUAAAAACGGAGGUGAGGAAAAUGGUGGCUGGAAUAAAUAUAAUGAGUUAAAUGUUAGUGAUUUAGAAUGGGGAGAUGAGGAUGAUAGUGGAUGGGAUGAUAUGGAGAUACGGCCAACCGGUAUUUUUACUAAAGCAGCAGUUGGUACAAAAAAAAUUACUAGCUUUUUUACAAGUUCACAACCAUUAGACCCAAACAACUUAGAAGAAAUCUCUGAUGACUCAAAUAGUGAACCUGACUCGUAUACUCUUAUGAUAAAUAGAAAAGCAAAUGAUUUAAAAAAGCAGUUAAAACAAAACCAUAAUAAACUAAUAGUUAAAGAAUACAAUUACAAAAAAGCUAUUUUUGAAUACCUUAUUUUAUUAAGUAAAAAUAAUAGACGUGAAAAAAUUAAAGCUAGCUUGGAUGUUGCUCGUAAGGUCUUUAUUGAUGGUAAUGUGUGA